GCGCCCCCCAGGGAUGUGUGCUCUCCCCACUGCUCUUCUCCCUUUACACUAACGACUGCACCUCGAGUGACCCAUCUGUCAAACUCCUGAAGUUUGCAGACGACACAACAGUCAUCGGCCUCAUCCGAGACGGUGACGAGUCUGCAUACAGACGGGAGGGGGAACAACUGGUCCUCUGGUGUGGUCAGAACAACCUGGAGCUGAACACACUCAAAACUGUGGAGAUGACAGUUGACUUCAGGAGUAACUCCCCUGCUCUGCCCCCCCUCACCAUCCUCAAUAACACUGUGUCUGCUGUGGAAACCUUCAGGUUUCUAGGAUCCACCAUCUCCCAUGACCUAAAGUGGGCAUCAAACAUUGACUCCAUAGUCAAAAAGGCCCAGCAGAGGCUGUACUUCCUGCGACAGCUCAGGAAGUACAACCUGCCCCAGGAGCUUCUGAUCCAGUUCUACACAGCAAUUGUCAAGUCUGUUCUCUGCACCUCCAUCAUCGUUUGGUUUGGAUCAGCCACCAAACAGGACAGAAACAGACUGAAUCGCACCAUCAGGACUGCAGAGAGAAUCAUUGGUGUUAAACUGCCCACCAUCCAGGACUUGAACACAUCCAGAGUCAAGAAACGGGCAGCUGCAAUAUUGGAGGCUGUAUGUGCUGUCGCUGGUGCUGGGAAUCGGUGGAUCGUUUCAGUAUGGGAUUCAAGUGUCUGUCAUUGCUUCUCCGGAAGAGUGAUCAUUAUGCCUUAUCUCAGCAUGUUCACAGUUUUGUGAACUACACAUGGAUGUUGAGGUACCAAGUUCCCGUGGAGGAAUCAGCCAAUAAGCUCAUCUGGACCUUCAUCGUGGCCGUGUUAAGUCUUGGAGCCUGGACCGGAGCCAUUCACAGCGGCAGCCUUCCUGUCACUUACGGCCGGAAAAAAGCUCUGAUGUUCAACAAUGUCGUGGCGAUGGUCGCAGCUGUGCUCAUGCUCUUCAGCCGCACGGCCAAAUCCUUCGAGAUGAUCUUGCUGGGCAGAUUUCUCUAUGGAUAUAAUGUUGGUCUUGGCCUGAGUGUUCACCUCAUGUAUCUCGGGGAGAGUUCGCCAAAGAAGCUGAGAGGUUUCCUGACUCUCACCGGCUCCAUCUUCAUCGGUUUUGGCAAAGUUAUGGGUCAAAUAAUUGGCAUCAAGGAGAUGAUGGGAACAGAAGACAUGUGGCCUUAUCUCUUGGCUGUUAGUGGCAUUCCUGCCAUCCUGCAGUUUGUGAUGCUGCCGUUCUUCCCCGAGGCUCCGCGAUACCUUUACAUUGACAAAGGAGACACUGAAGGAUGCAGAAGAGCUUUAGAGUGGCUAUGGCAGGAGGACGACCUGAAGCUGGAGCUGGACGACAUGCAGAAAGAGAGCGAGAGCUCACGGGGGGAGAAGGCCAAGACUGUGAAGGACGUGUUGAGCUCUCGCUGUGUGAGGUGGCAGCUGCUGACUCUCACCGUCCCCUGUGCUGGGAUUCAGUUCUGCGGCAUCAAUGCACUCUACUUCUACGCCUUUGACAUCUUCCGUGAGUCAGGAGUGCCCAAGGACCAGGGACAUUACCUGGCCAUAGGUCUUGGAGCGACGGAGCUCAUUGCCGUCACUCUGUGUUCUUUCCUCAUAGAUCGUGCUGGAAGAAAGAAGUUAAUGGGUUAUGGAUAUUUACUGAUGGGCAUCACGAUGUCUCUGCUGACUGUGAUGCUCUCCAUCAAGGACCUGAGCCCGUGGAUCCCGUACGUGAACAUCGCCCUCAUCUUCUGUGUCAUCCUCAUUUAUGGACUCGGACCCUCUGGAGUGUCUAUGGCUCUUCCUGCUGAUCUCUUCCUACAAGCCUGGCGUCCCUCUGCUUAUGUGAUCAGUGGAACAGUCAACUGGCUCAGCAUGUUUGUCGUGGGAAUGUUAUUCGGCUACAUAGUGGAUGGACUCGGCCAGUUCUGCUUUCUGAUUUUCGUGGCUUACUCCAUUUUCAGCGCAGGAUUCAUGAUUUAUUUUGUCCCAGAGACGAAAGGAAAGACAAUGGUUGAGAUUAUGGAAGAGUUUAACAAACUGAAUUACAAGAACAGUUUAAGUGACGUCGAAACAGAUGACAUUUCUCUUGCCACUAAACUUUGAUUUGCUCAUCUUUAUAAUAAUUUCUGUUGUUUCUCCAGCUUACUGACAUGUAAUCGAAAUAUCCACUGACACAGCAACGUUAAACCUUUAGUGAAUGCAAGUACGAGCAGUAUUAUAUGCUUAUGAGGUUUGUUAACAAAAAAGAUGAUACACAGUGCUAAACAAAUGUUUAGAAAACUUUUUUAAAACUAAAAAUAUAUUUAUUGGGCAAAUAACAAACUGAAUUUACCUUUUUUAUACCCAAAUUUAAGUCACCUCACGGGGCUUCUUCUCUGAAAAGUCAGACAUUAAUCGAACAUAACUUUAAACCCACUCAAACUACAUUUUCUGUUCAGGAAUGCAAGUAAAUAACUAUAACUUGACAUCUUAAUCAAUAAGAAAUAAUAACGUGCUUUACUAUUUGUUUCAGUUUAUUUGUAAAACAGUAACAAUGAUAAUUUUUGAUUUUGAUAAUUACCAAUGCUUUCAAUUUAGGGCAGCUGUGGCUCUGGGUGGUGGUUUAUUAAACAUUUGUUAAGCACUGUAGAUAUGAGAAAAAUGUGGGCUUAUAUGAAUACCAAAACACACACACAUACAAACCUGACACAUAUUAUAAAUCAUAUACAUCAAAAUGGUUUCUGUAGUGGUAUAAUUCUGUAAACACUGGAUAAAAGCAUUAACUGCAAAAUAAGAAAUAAGUGUGUAUCCAGUAUGUGACACACAUGUGCUUGAACUCUCAUCUCAAUUAACCCACAUACUCACUGGCCACUUUAUUAGGUACACAGGACACCCAGGGGACAUCAACGAGGCAUUUUCACUUCCUACUCACUGGAUAUUUUUCUUUCCCUGACUAUUCUCUGUAAAUUCUAGAAAUCUAGACGAGUCUGAACUGUCACCAUCUAAUUACACUUCUUCCGGUCAUAUUGAUCACGUCUACAUGUCUUAAUGCAUUGUGUUGUUGUUGCCAUGCGAUUGGCUGAUUAGAUAUUUGUGGUAACAGUUGAACAGGUGUACCUAAUAAAGUGGCCAGUAAGUGCAGUCCAGACUGCUAA